AUGCCUACCAAGUUUGUUGAUAUCUUUAGCCUAUGCUUUCAUACUUUGGAGUAUGUGGCGGAAAAUGGCAUGCUUUUGCAGAUAGAUGGCGGGACAACGGUUGACUGCCCCGAGCGGUACCAGAAUUCACCACCUGUCGAUGUCGUUGAGGUGCGGUAUUAUGUUACGAGGUGCUUCAGGUGCCAGGAUCCUGCACAGCUCUUUGAAAAGAUUGCAAAGGCCCAGGAUGACGAUUCUGCGAGGCUUGCGUUCGAGGAACACAUCGUUGGCGAUUUGCAAAAGCUUUUGGUGGACAUGGAAGAGGAUGGCGUUCGACCACAGCUUCGCGUCUUUUAUGACCAAGAUUCGAGGAGUAUCAGUCCUGAGUUGUCGGUGAAUGAGGCUGUCGAUCUGAUAUGGCCCCUGCUCUCUGAAGUCGUGGAGCACACGCUGCGGCGGGCCAUAUGA